AUGCCUCACUUUCUGCUGACUGCUCUGCUUGGAACAUCGUUUCGGCAUCUGAGCAUCCAGGAGGGAAGAAAAAUGCAGCUCUUUGUGCAAACCCUUUCAGGCUCCCCACUCACGCUUUGCGUGGCGUCGGAUGCCUCGGUGGCAUCGAUCGAGCAGGCUGUGGAGGAUGUUGAGUACAUUCAAAGCUUUCGUCUUGUAUGCGCUGGUAAGCAGCUGACGAGUGGCUCGCUUGCUGACUAUGCUAUUGGCGAGUGCGACACGCUCAAGAUGUUGCUGUCUGUGAAUGGUGGCAUGCGUGCCAAGUGGCGCAAAAAACGUAUGCGCCGUCUUCGUCGCAAGCGCCGAAAGAUGCGUCAGCGUGCUAGAUAA